GAUUCGUCAAAUAGCCCGUGCAUGGCAUGGUUGACAGGGUGGCUAACGAUUCAGCCCGGGUGGACAUUUUUUAUCAGCCUGUAACAGGACGUUUAAACCGUCAGAUUAAAGAGCAACUCCAUCUUUUCUAACCCUUCCGAGCCGCUGUUUCUCUUUCAGUUGAGAGACUUCCUUCUCCCUCUCUCUCCCCUGUUAUUUGUCAUUGCUCGGUUAGCCUCAAACUAGUUAACGUUGCCGUUUUGAAAAUGGCGGAUCUACCACCGGAGAAGAGCCUGGACGAUUUCUUCGCCAAGCGGGAUAAAAAGAAGAAGAAAGAGAAGGGGAAGGGCAAGGAGACCGCCGCGGGGCCUACCACGGCCGCGGUGAAAAAGACCAAGAGGGAGAAGGAGAAAUUUGCGAAAAACGAGAAUCAAGACACGCAGAUUGAAAAGGAGGACGAGGAAUGGAAAGAGUUUGAGCAGAAAGAAGUGGACUACACUGGGCUGAGGCUCCAAGCUUUACAGAUAAGUGACGAGAAGGAGGAAGAGGAGUACGAGAAGGAGGAGUUUGGUGAGGAUGGAGAGAUCAUUCUGGUCAGCGGAGACAAAGUGUCUGGUCCCUGGAACAAGUCUGGUGCUGCUCCGCCUCCUGCAGCUGCACCUGCAGUGGAGGAAGUAGAGGUGCCCGAGUCGAAGCCUUCUGGCGUAUAUCGCCCUCCAGGGGCUCGGCUGUCCACCACCAAACGAGUUCACAACCCGGGGCCUCCUGAGAUCUUCAGUGACGCACAGUUCCCCUCUCUACUGUCCACCGCCAAGCAUGUGGAGACACGCAAGGAUAGAGAAAUGGAGAAGACCUUUGAGGUUGUGAAACACAGGAACCGUGGUAGAGAGGAGAGUAGUGGCACUUCUAUGCAGCAGUUGCAGCUUGACAACCAAUACGCCAUCCUGGGGGACAAGUAGAGUCGCUUCCCUCCAUCCCCCUGGCCCCUUCAGCAUGGUCCGGCCCAGCCCCUUGAAGGAAGCUGAACUCCAGCUGUGUUGAGUGCAGUCCUGACAGAGCUCACGCUGCCACCAUCACCACACUGGUUACCUGCAAACACACAGAACCUCAUACACACUCAUACACAGCAACGACACCGCAGCACAUACAGUGACACUCCCUUUGAAUCAAUGUUACACACUUUUACAUACAUUUGGUCGGCAAAACUGAAGGACUGCAUCUGAAGGGGCUCUUGACAGAGGGAAUAAUUGAAAAGGAAUUCGCAAAAUUCACCCAAACGUACAACACUGCAGCAGCAACAAAAGGCGACGUAGUUGUCCUUUUGUGGAUUGUACUCAGAGCAGCAGUUGUGUGGCGCAACUUUUCUCUGGACUUCAACUUGCUUCGAUAAAGCCACAGAGGAUCGAAGAUAACUUUAGGCAAGAUGAUUUUACAAACUUCUGUGAAAAUAUCUAUUUUUUUGCAAGAUCGUUAUAACCCAAUCGCACACGGUAUUUUGGGGUGGUUUUUUUGAGUUGCGGUUGGGGCUUCGGGAGUGGGAUACUACCUCAGCGGUAUAGCUGGUGGUGACGAUGUGGACUGAGCUUUUUUUUUCCGCUGUGGUGGUGAACGGGGCAAACACCAACCCUCCCCCCGUACAAGCUGGCUAUCAGGCUCUUUUUAAUUUAGAAACUUGAAGCUUUGUUUUUUUUGUUUUUUUUUUUGCUUCAUGAUUAUGACACUCUGCAAAGAUCUAUGGACAAGAAGCGAUAGGUUGUGGUCCUCCAUUUAGAAUUUCUAUAUAAAGUGGCCUUACUGAUAGAAACUGCUGUGUCAUCUGAAGAGAACUUUGCUUGUUGUCUCACGGGCUGCUGCCUGCCUCUGGAUCUCACCACUCUGUGACAAAAAACAAAUAACAAACGUAUACAAACGAAAAAAAAAUAUCCUUUUUGUUCAAGAAUGUAGUGCUGUUGUAGUUUGCCUGAUGAUUACAUCUACUAACUGUCUUUCAUAUCCACUGUUUGAUUUUGCUGCCCUUACUUUAUUUUCGUCUUUUGUUUGUUGUUUUUUUAGACAUCAGCAAAAGAGAAAUUAAAGCUCGUUUCUAAUCCCAAAAACCAUUCUUUUGGUAACAAUUGCUUUACUGUGGUUUGACAGCAGAGGGUCGCAGGUGUUACAAGGAAAAACGACGGGAAACCACUUGAAGAGCAUAUUUGUUGAGGUUGAAUAUAUGGAUGCCAUAUUAAGUUCACACCUUUUUAUAAUUUGUUGUAAAGUGGUACGUUUCAACUCCAGUUUUAAGACUUUUUUUUUUUUUUUAAAUCAAGGCUUUUCCUCAUAAGUAAACGUGCUGUGUCAGCCCUUAUUGCAGUUGUGUAGAACAGGUAGCUUGUUAACUUCCAGAGAGUUACAGCGACUACUCGUCUGUAAAAACAAACUGUCACCAGACCAACAGAGUACUUUCCACUUACAAAACAGUGGUACACCCAGUUAAGAUCAAAUGGGUUUUUCCUACAAGCAUAGUUAUGUUUAGAAAGGUGAAGAACUGGAUUUAUGUUCUAUGUUUCUGUCCUUUUCCAUCAAAGAUGUCGGGGAGCGUUGAUCUCUGCUGGGACACUUUGGGUGGACGUAGAUAAUAUUUGUGAUGAAAAGAGAAGAGCCUAACACAAAAAAUAAAGUGAUCCUUGUGAAUGAA